GACCUCUGAACAGUGAGCAAUUGACAUGUGCAAGCUAUAGCUGCUGUUCACUGAAAGUUCUGGAGAAAGUUCUGGAGAAACGGAAAUUGAGGCGCUACACCAAAGAUUCCUCACUGAGGAAUGGGUUAGAGUUUUUGGUGACAAGAAAUGGGAUCCAAAGCUGACUGCAAACACCCUUGGACCAAGGACAUGCACAGGCAAGAUGCCCAAUGAUCCCUUUGAAUUUACUGUUCCUCCUCUUCUUAUCUAAGAGCCUUGGAUAAUGUUUAAGGAUUCUGCAUCAGUCUUUGGUAUUGGACAUACUCAAAAUCCCUUCUUCAACUUUUGCUCUCCUGGUCCAUUGUCUUCCAGCUUUAACUUACUUGUGAUCCCUUCAAACAUUUACAUGGUUUGCAAUGGUUACAUGAACUUUGGGAAGUGAUAUUUGCACCAUCUCAUACUUUAUUCACUAUGGCACUUUAGAAAAAGAAAUUGGAAAAAACUUACAAAGCAGUAUUUUAAAAAAUGAAUCUUAUUGUGAAGCUUCGGAAGUUUCGAACAUUGAUUGUUCUUUUAGCUACCUUUUGUUUGGUGAGCAUUGUCAUUUCUGCCUAUUUCCUCUACUCUGGCUAUAAACAGGAAAUGACUGUUAUUGAAACCACUGCAGAAGCAGAAUGUGCUGACAUCAAAAUUCUACCAUAUCGGUCAAUGGAGCUGAAAACAGUUAAACCUAUUGAUACAUCCAAAACUGAUCCUACUGUCCUCCUAUUUGUGGAGAGCCAAUAUUCUCAACUUGGUCAAGAUAUCAUAGCUAUCUUGGAGUCUAGCCGAUUUCGGUACCAAAUGGGUCAUUGCCCCGGCAAGGGGGAUAUACCUCCUCUUACAGAUAAUGGCAAAGGGAAAUAUAUUUUAGUUAUUUAUGAAAAGAUUCAGUAUGUCAGCAUGGACUCAUGGAAUCGAGAGCUUUUAGAAAAAUACUGUGUGGAAUACAGUGUUAGUAUAAUUGGUUUUCAUAAAGCCAAUGAGAACAGCUUACCAAGUACACAAUUAAAAGGCUUUCCAUUAAACCUUUUCAAUAAUCUAGCUCUAAAGGACUGUUUUGUCAACCCUCAGUCUCCUUUGCUGCAUAUUACCAAAGCCCCAAAGGUUGAGAAAGGCCCUCUUCCAGGGGACUGGAGUAUUUUCCAAUAUAAUCAUUCAACCUACCAGCCUGUGCUUUUAACUGAAUUACAGACAGAAAAAUUCCUUUCAUCCUCAUCCAGCAAACCACUCUAUGCGACAGUGAUUCAGGAUCUGGGGCUUCAUGAUGGAAUUCAGCGCGUUCUUUUUGGCAACAACUUAAACUUUUGGCUACACAAGCUCAUCUUCAUAGAUGCCAUCUCCUUCUUGUCAGGGAAGAGGCUGACACUGUCCUUGGACAGGUACAUCCUUGUGGACAUUGAUGAUAUCUUUGUUGGGAAAGAGGGAACAAGGAUGAAUGUCAAAGAUGUAAAGGCAUUACUAGAGACUCAAAAUUUACUGCGCACUCAGGUUGCAAAUUUUACCUUCAACCUUGGAUUUUCAGGGAAGUUUUACCACACAGGGACUGAAGAGGAAGAUGAAGGCGAUGACCUUUUGCUUCGGUCUGUAGAUGAGUUCUGGUGGUUUCCUCACAUGUGGAGCCAUAUGCAGCCUCAUCUCUUCCAUAAUGAGUCAUCUUUAGUUGAACAGAUGAUUCUCAACAAGGAAUUUGCCCUGGAACAUGGAAUCCCUAUCAACAUGGGCUACGCGGUGGCACCACAUCACUCAGGGGUCUACCCGGUUCAUAUUCAGUUAUAUGAAGCUUGGAAGAAGGUCUGGGGUAUUCAGGUCACCAGCACUGAAGAAUAUCCACAUUUGAAACCUGCACGGUACCGAAAGGGCUUCAUUCACAAUAACAUCAUGGUCCUCCCUCGACAGACCUGUGGGUUGUUCACCCACACUAUUUUCUACAAAGAAUAUCCAGGAGGACCCCAAGAAUUGGAUAAAAGUAUCAGAGGAGGUGAACUUUUCCUCACAAUCCUUCUAAACCCGAUCAGCAUUUUCAUGACCCAUUUGUCGAAUUAUGGGAAUGACCGCCUGGGGUUAUAUACCUUUGUGAACUUGGCCAACUUCGUGCAGAGCUGGACCACCCUGAAACUUCAAACUCUGCCCCCAGUGCAACUUGCACACAAGUACUUUGAGCUCUUCCCUGAGCAAAAAGACCCUCUCUGGCAGAAUCCCUGUGAUGAUAAACGGCACAAAGACAUUUGGUCCAGAGAGAAAACUUGUGACCACUUGCCAAAAUUCCUUGUCAUCGGGCCACAAAAAACAGGAACAACUGCACUUUACUUAUUCCUUCUUAUGCACCCUUCCAUCAUCAGCAAUCUUCCCAGCCCCAAAACAUUUGAAGAAGUUCAAUUCUUUAAUGGCAACAACUACCACAAGGGAAUUGAUUGGUAUAUGGACUUUUUCCCUACUCCAUCCAAUAUUACAAGUGACUUUCUAUUUGAAAAGAGUGCUAAUUACUUCCAUUCAGAAGAAGCUCCCAAGAGAGCUGCAUCUCUGGUCCCCAAAGCCAAGAUCAUCACCAUUCUCAUCGACCCCUCAGACAGGGCAUACUCUUGGUACCAGCACCAACGAUCUCAUGAAGAUCCAGCUGCCCUGAGGUUUAAUUUCUAUGAAGUUAUUACCACCGGACACUGGGCCUCACCAGACCUGAAAGCUUUGCAAAGGAGAUGCCUCGUACCUGGAUGGUAUGCAGUCCACAUCGAAAGAUGGCUAACUUACUUUGCUACUUCUCAGUUGCUAAUUAUUGAUGGACAGCAGCUGAGAUCUGACCCAGCUACGGUGAUGGAUGAAGUCCAGAAGUUUCUGGGAGUUACACCUCAUUAUAAUUAUUCUGAAGCACUAACGUUUGAUCCCCAAAAGGGCUUUUGGUGUCAGCUCCUGGAAGGAGGAAAAACCAAAUGUCUUGGAAAGAGCAAAGGCCGAAAAUAUCCACCCAUGGAUCCAGAGUCUAGAACUUUCCUCUCUAAUUACUACCGAGAUCAUAACGUGGAACUGUCCAAACUGCUACAUACUGGGGCAGCCUCUGCCAUCCUGGCUGAGACAGGAGCUGCAGAAAGUGAGAUAGCACUGGAGACAAGAACCAAGGCUGGAAGGAUGCUUCCUUUUACUAUUAAAUAGAAAAACAAACCCCACAACUCUUGUCCCCUUAAUGCACUUGUGACUGUCAACAGAAGACUGUGUGAAUAAAUUUCCUUCUAUCUUUUUCAUAAAAUGAAAUUGGUUAUA